UUUUCUUCUUAUUGGGGAAUUGUGUUGCGCAUGCGUUGGCGUCCGGGAAGCGGCAGGCGGCGACUCUUGUCAUUUUUGUCAGCCAUUCUGGCAUUUGCUCUUGGGGCUUUACGUGCCGAUUAUAAAAAAACCAUUCGUUUCGAUUCGUUUUUCUUGAUAAUAAAACGGAACAACAAUGAGUGUCGAAGAGGAAGUGAUGCGCAUACAGAAAAAGCUCACGAAAAUGACGUCGGCCGACGGUUCGGGUCAGGAACAAGCAUUAGAUUUAUUAAGAGAACUACAAAAGUUAGACAUUAAUUUGGACGUUUUAACAAAAACGCGAAUUGGAAUGACCGUAAAUGCUUUGAGAAAAUCUAGCACAGAUGAAGAAGUUAUAACGCUGGCGAAGACGCUCAUUAAAAAUUGGAAAAAAUUUAUCUCCGGCUCGAAUAAAGAUACAAACAGCAGCAGCACCAGUAGUUCAACAAAGCCGAAGAAAGAAAAAGAAGAUAAUAAAGUUAAGGAGGAUAAAGAAAUCGGAAAAAAGUUACCUAGUCAAUUUCCGAGCAGUUCAAACACAACAGAUGCAGUUCGGUUGAAAUGUAGGGAAAUGUUAGCCGCUGCUUUGAGAGUUGAUGGAAAUGAUUUUGAAGGAUGUGCUAGUACUGAAGAAUUGGCAGAAGAACUUGAAGAAGCAAUAUACCAAGAAUUUAAAAACACAGAUAUGCGAUAUAAAAAUCGUAUAAGAUCAAGAAUUGCAAAUUUAAAAGACGUAAAAAAUCCAAUGUUACGUACGAAUUUCCGUGUGGGGGCAUUGCCGGCAGCUCGAUUAGCAGUGAUGACAGCUGAGGAAAUGGCAAAUGAUGAAAUAAAAUCGCUACGAGAACGAUUUAAAAAAGAAGCGAUAAAUGACGCCCAAUUGGCGACAGCGCAAGGUACAAAAACGGAUCUUCUUAAAUGUGGAAAAUGCAAAAAACGUAAUUGCACCUACAAUCAAAUUCAAACACGUUCCGCCGACGAACCAAUGACCACGUUUGUUUUAUGUAAUGAGUGUGGAAAUCGUUGGAAGUUCUGUUGAGAUGAGAAAAAAGGAGGAGUAAGUUUCCGGUAUCUUAUAUUUUUUAAGGUUUCUUUGAAAGUUUCGCACACGUUCUUUUGACGUGUUGUAUAUUGUUAAGUAAAUUUAAAUUGCGUUUAGCUUUAUCCUAUAUUAAUAAAUCCAACAAAAAAAGAUAAUAGUAAAUAAAGAAAUGAUGAAGACAAGAAUUAAAGUCUAAA